CCGUAUCCAUCGCACAGCCCACUACAGUCUGCACAAAAUGUUCCUUCUCUCGUUUCGUUUCGCCAUAUUGGAGGUUGAGUGCGUAUGAAAUCUGUUCGUUCCCGGUUCUCAUGGACAAAAUCGUGUCGCAAAGUCCGUUCUUGUGACGUCCCCGCCGCGAUUUCCCGUCUGAGUGCAUAAUUAGUUCGGCAGCUCGCGAAACAAAGUUUGUUUUGUGUGUGAAGUGUUAGCGACAGAAGUAAAAUGGCGUGCGCAACUCUGAAACGCUCGUUGGACUGGGAGCCGGUGCUCGGGGGCCGACCGGCCAAGCGGCGGCGCUGCAUCCCCUUCUGCGAGAGCCCCACGCACAGGGACAGGGCCUCGCCGCCCUCCUCCCCCGCCGCCGCCUCCGUCUCCUCCCCCAGCAAGCCCAAGUCGGUGUUCCCCGAUGUCGUCAGCCAAAAAUUGACCCCGGAAUACAUGGCCGAAAAUAUCAAAGCCGAACUACGGAGGUUACAAAGGCGCAAGCAGUUGCAGUACAGCAUGGAAAAUUCAGACGGAAGCAGUUCGGGUGGAGAGAACACCGAAUCUCCUUCUCGCUCCGAAAGAGCACUAUUUACAUUUAAACAGGUUGGUCUGAUCUGUGAACGUAUGCUCAGGGAACUCGAGUCUGAAAUUAGAGAAGAAUACGACAACGUGCUUACGGGAAAGCUCGCAGAACAAUACGAUGCCUUCGUUAAGUUCACGUACGAUCAAAUACAUAAGAACUACAGCACGGCCCCACCUAGCUAUUUAUCGUAAGGAAGAAUCUGACAUUGGCAGCGUAGCAGCGGUGUCUCGCAAACUAGCCACUAAACAGUCGUUAACUAUCGUUUAUACACUCUACAAAAUAAUAAAGUCGUCAUCAGCAGGAUGCCUUAGAACAUAACCCGCUCUCCUUGCCGGCAAAUUUCUUUUGUACAUAUUUAUAAUAUUAUAUCUUUAUAACAUAUUUUAAGAUCAUCUGUAUUAUCUUAUUGGAAUUGAGACAUAUAAUUUUCUCUGUAUAUAUCGGUUUUUAUAGUACUACCAAUGAGGUGUUGUAAUCGAUAAAUGUACGGAUUUGGCUGUUUGGUUUUGUUUUAACAAUGAUGCCAACUGUAUGAAAUAGACUGUACCCAUCCCGGAUCAUCAUCGUUUCUCCGCCAUUAGCACCUUGCGACAUUCUUUUGUUUAACUGUAUGUACACAACUCAUAAAAAAUGCCUUAACUUUGUGUUUCCGUGUAGUGCGAGCGCGAACAUGGAUGUAAGUUGGUGUGUUUCGUAUAAACUAGAUUAAGUUCUGAGUUAAAGACCACAGUUUUGCCAUAUGUGUGAUGGUGUUGAUAUAUUUUUUCUAUAGUUACGUUCAAACUAUACUUAAGUGCUUCAAUUGUAUCGACGUAAUAUCAGGACUUAGAUUUAAGAAACUUAUUACAGAUGAUAUCCAGUCGAGGUCUGACCUGAGCGAAACGUCAAUUUAAUGAGAUUUUCUACGACCGUCUAGUCAGUUUCUGGUUAAUUUCUAGUAAUAGUGUCCUCGAAACUGAUAACCACUGUUUACUUUGUUGUAUUUGACUCGAUUUUAGGUACGAUUAGUUAGAGUAUUUACCGAUAAGUACGAUUUGUAAGCAAGCGCAAGGAUAUUACUUGUACAUAGAUUUAGUGUGAGAGAAGUACUGUGCGAGGAACGCUUUAACAUUAAAGUCGCAAGUCGAGGUCUGAGCUACCGGCCCCAGCAGUCUUGAGAUUGUACAUAUUUAUUAAAAUUUACGUUUAGUUUCCAAGUACAAUAAAUCAAACAGUGAACUCACACUUCUCAUUAAAUUGAUUCAGUGAAAGUUAUUUAGUGUUCAGUUGCGAAUAUUUCUUUUCAUUAUUUCGUUAGGAAAUUAUUAGUUUGUUUUUAGUUGUAGUGCAUGCUGACUUCUUAUCAAGCGUUAAGUUAUAGCUUUUUCUUCUUUGCGUUUAAAUAAAUGUUAUGACUAGUAAUAAAACUGAAAUAAAAAUAAUCUUGUUUGUAUUUUC